GCGCUCAGGCAACCGGCUAAGCCCCGCCUACAAACUACGUCAACAUUAGUUACUCAUACCAGUCUUUUGCUUUUUCUCAAAUCCUUCUGUUGUGUUGACAUCGUUUUUAACGUUGUGUAAUGCUACUGUCGCUUUUGUAGCGGAAAUCGGCUUCCCUUAACGAGUAUUGAAGCGCGGAGUUUGAUGAAAAUACAACUUUUUGCAUAUAUUUAUAUUGUAGGACAUUAUUUUUUAGUCCGGCAAACGUCCAGAAAAGAAUUCGCUUUGCGGCGCCUUCUUCUGCAUGCAUUAGUUUACCGUCUUCAGGUUAUGUUCACAGGGGGUGAAUCUUUGCAAAGUCAUGCCCUCUUCGGAAUACAUGGCUGGGAGCGUUUCAGGAGCGCUUGGAGUGGUUGUAGGACAUCCGAUGGAUACAGUCAAGGUACGGCUACAGGUGCACACUCAAUAUAACGGUAUAUUCGACUGUGUGGCCAAAACAUUUGCCAACGAAGGGCUCCAUGGCUUCUUCAAGGGAAUGGCGUUCCCGGCUCUGACCUCUGGCCUAUCCAACUCUGCCAUCUUCGGUUCUUAUUGCAGCGCUCUGGAUUACCUCACGCGGUCGCGGCCAGGCGACCGCGUCCAGGGCAAAGACGCUCCCGCAGCGCACGUCUUCGCGGCCGGCUGUUUCUCUGGACUAGUGGGGGUGGUGAUCAUAGCCCCCGUGGACCUGGUGAAAGUGCGUCUGCAGGGCCAGGCCAGUGGAACGCGCUACCGAGGGCCCCUCCACUGUGUCUCCACCAUACUGCGGGAGGAGGGGCCCCGCGGCCUCUAUCGUGGUGCGCUGGCCCUAGCCCUGAGGGACGUCCCCUGCUACGGCCUGUACUUCCUGCCGUACGAGCUGGUGAGGCGGGCCCUCACGGAGCCAGGAACACAGUCGGGGACCUUCGCCGUGCUGAUGGCCGGGGGCACGGCGGGCGUGGUGACCUGGGCCUGUGCCACGCCCAUGGACGUGGUCAAGGCCCGGCUGCAGCUGUCCGGGGCGGGGGGCCGGCACUACCGCGGGGUCGCCCACUGCAUCCUGGUCAGCGCCCGGGAGGAGGGGCCCCGCGUGUUCUUCAGGGGCCUCCUGCUGAACAGCGCCCGGGCGUUCCCCGUCAACGCCAUCACCUUCCUCAGCUACGAGAGCCUGGCAAGGGCCCUGCGAGGGGGCUGAGGGCCGGGACGGGGGUCCACUGGGGUACACUGCAUACACUAGUCCGGGGGGGGGGGUUAGGAAACGGAGGGGCGGGACUGAGCAGAGGGUAAACAGGGGGGGGGUAUCUCGUUGACCCCGCCCACUCCCAGUUGAAACGGGCCCUCCACCGCUACAUCAUUGUGGAGUCCACACAACAGGACCACAGCGCCUCCAGUGGUCGAAAUGUACCGUCAAAACCAAACAAACAGCAUCCGGGGAAAACUACCAACAUUAGAUGUACAAUGUUGCCCUUUUCCUACAAGCUCCGUAGCUCAUUGACCAAAGAGGGAGGCUGUUUCAUGGCUGUUGGGUUCUUGUCGUAGCCGUUCAUGCUAACGGUGUACAGGGCACGCCGUCGCCUGUUGUCUUGUGGGCUUUGUAUGUCCCCUGUGGCCCAGGAGACAUGACCGUCUCGAGUUUUUUUUCACUCCCAUUCGUUUGUAGCAUUAUUUUGUAACAUUAAGAUUGUUGUUGGCCAAACAUAGCAGCCUUUAUUUUUGUGAUUGCUAUUUUUCCUAAUCUGUAUUUUUUAAUGAUAUAUACAUACAUGCAAUUAUGUAUUUAUAAGAUGUGUAUAUAGCGUUUACACUUUUAACCUAAUUUACGUUGUGUGUUGAACUUAGAAGCGCUUGUAAUUUUACCUGUGAGCUUAUCUCAAUGUAACAAUGCAUUUCCCCCAUGACACCAGCAGGGAGCGCUGUUUCACCCUCCAUGCCGUUGCGAUACCUGCAGCUGCUCUACACUCUUCAGUUAUGUUUACAGAACGGCUAGUGCCACGCCUCCUUUUUAGUCACUCCAAUAUUGGUUCUGUGCUCUGAUGGUCCAUGGCCAAACCUGUUGCUUUGGAUGUGGUACAACUUGUAAUUUAAUGUUAGCAUUAUAGAAAGCAAAUCACAUAUCUGAGCCUAAAUGUAUACUGUUUUUAUGUUCAAAUAAGCUUGAAUCUAAAACAGCCUUACAAAGCACAACUUUUUUUUUAAAGGUUUUAAAACUGUUAAAAAAAAAUGUUAGCACAUGUCCCAUAAAAAAUAUCUUUAAUAAAAAGUAUUGGUCCAAGACAUGCCUCCUGUUCAAUAAGGUAUUAUAUUCACUUAACAUUGUUCAAAUGUAAAAUUCCAAAACAAGAUUAUUUCCAUAUGAAUGUACAGUAUCAACUGGGUAGCAAGACAUCAAGCCUUAUUGCUACAUCUUAUUAUAUUAGAUUCAACGAAUUCAAUCAAUGCCUCAUCCUCAUUCAAUGUAGGAAUGUAAUUCAUUCCAACUAGUGGUGUAGACACAGGACAAAAAGUGGGACUCGUAUUUCAAGAAAAGAAAAAAAUGGUAUUGGUAAAGCAUUAAAAACAAAGUGAAAUCUCGCCACAAACUCAGAAUGUCACAGAUUCCCUCGUUGCCGGGGAAACGUGCUUAAUGGAUGUAGAAAAUGACUCUUUUUUUCUGCGGGCCCGCCUCUGGGCGAAAUUACGAUCAUUUUAACAAGUACGUCUGGAAUGUAUCGACGGAAGGGAAAAGAGGAAACCGACGGCUACCUAGAAAACAUCCCUGUAGAAAAGCUGAGCACGGGCGAGAAUCCCGACUAUGGGACUAAAACGGAGCAGUCUUCAGAAGCUCCAGUUUCUCGCAUCAAUCAUCGGGAACGAAGUUAAGGCUUCACCGCGACAUCGCUACUCCUUCACCCCC